AUGCGAUGUGACACAAUUAGGUCGAAACGGAUAUGCGAUGUGAUUCAAUUACGUCCAAACGACGAUGCGAUGCGAUUAGGUCCAAACUCCCAUACCAACGUGAGGAGGUGCGUGGACGGAGGGGAUGAAGCAUUGAGGUGGCCGACAAGAGGAGGUUUAGAACUGCCUGUGGAUGGAGCUACGCUGAUGGUGGUAGUGCGUAUAUUUCGAUCUAGGUCAAAAUUAGUCAACAUAUGAAUUUCAUCACACGGGUUAGACCAGAUCUUGUCACGACCAUAUGAAGCAUGUUCUUUGAUGAAGAGCUUGGUGAGAAUAUGUGAUUUUCAAAGUAUGAUGAAGAAGGAAGUGGCAGAGUUGGAGAUAAUGAAUGUGAUUGAGGCGUUAAAUAUUGAAGCGGAAAUCGGAGCAUCCUCUCCUCCUUCCCUUAUAUAUUGCGUCUCACCACCCUUAUGCUCCCCUGUUCUCCAUAAACCAUACACUCCACCGCCACCACCACUCAAUCCUUCCGUCAUCACUCAUUACACAUGUCGCCAAGCAACAUCAAUCGAAAGGAUUAACCUUUUGAAUCGGUCAAUACUGAACUGGUAUUCCUCACAUUCAGCAUAUUCAAAUAAAAAACGUGUUCGAUUCAUUGGUCCCAUUUGCUUUAAAUUUGGUGUUUACUCAUAUUCCCUUAUGGAUAUUAUAAUCUUAUAUUCUGGCUUACUGGUACUCAUUGCAUCGAUUCACCAAUCGACUCAUGUAUCCUCUGCCUAGAAAACAUAGAUACACAAUAGAGCAAGCCUACAUGCCUACAAGAUAGAGAUUAAACUUGAACUUCAUGAACGGUAUUUUGGUCAUUCUUAAUGAUAAUUGUAUUGAUUUGUCUUGUGUAAACUACAUACUUUAUCGAGUUCAGAAUUUGGAGUCAAAAUGGAGCCAUUUGCACAUGUUUCCUUAUUUUUAGUUACUUUUCUUGAUGUUACUUUGAUACACCUUUCUAAUUCUUUUCUUCAUUAAAAUCCACAUUUUUGGCUUAUAUGGCGGUCGAUCAAGAGUUGGGACUGAGAAAACGGGAAAUAUGUGCUACAAUUCUUUUUUUAUUUAAUUUUAUUAAACCAACAUGUAGUAACUACUUAAAAACAUAAAAAAAAAACAUUUUUUUUACUAAUGCACAUAGUUUUUCGGGUUUAGUGUUAUAUCAAGUUACUAAUGUAUACAAUAUUUGUGGGUUGUGUGUGGGUGUUUUUAUUUGUUACAGAUCUUUAUAGAAAUCGUGUUGUCUGAAUAAAGAUUCUAGAGGGUAAAGGUAAAGAAUUACGUUUCCUAUGAAACAAAAGGAUGCGAAAUCCCAUGUGAUCUUAACUGUAUUGUUUGUGUAGAUCUAAUUUUGUAUAUGUACACAUUUAACUUUUAUUGUUAAUGUGAUAUAAUUGUCUUAUUAAUUAUUGAUGUUGUUUUAGGAAAAUGUCAUGGGCACAUAUUGCUAAUGGCUUUAUAUUUACAUUUAGUUUUUUCCCAAACCCAAGAGUUAUUUGAAUUUUAUUGGGGAUAAGGUUUUUUUUGAAGGGAGAGGAAUAUAUGGAUUAAAAGGAAAAAAGUUAUUAAGAUUUUAUUGUAAACUAAUCAAUUACUAUUGAUGAUUUUGUUGGAAAAUUAUUAAUUAUUAUUUUAUCUUUUAAAAACAAAUAAAGUCUUUGAUGGUAAUGGUAAGAAAAGUCAACGGAAUAUUUAGUUGUCUAUUGGUCAUCAUAUUUAGAGUAAUGUCAGGUAAUCUUUCACUUGGACUUAGAAAAUCAUUAAACCACUUAAUUCUUUGGUACUUAUACUCACUUUUGUCAAAAGAAUUUUAAAACUAUAACCACAACUAACACUUUCUUUUUACUCUUCCUAUUCCUUAUCACAUACAAGAACCAACAUUUUAUUAAUCUCUUUUGUUCUGUUCUGGGAAGGGUUUUUCCCCCUGGUUAUG